AUGCAAGAAGAGGAAAAGUUCCUUGGAGUCGAGACAAAGUUGCCAUUUGACGAUGCCAGCGACGACUCUUCACCCCUCCCCACCCCCGUCUCAGCCACCCCCAAAUCAUCCAAACCCAAACUAUCCGCAAGCGCCAUCAUCCCCAUCUGGAUCGUCCUCAGCUCCAGCGUGAUCAUAUACAACAAUUAUCUGUACAACACCCUCAACUUCAAGUAUCCCGUCUUUCUGGUGACGUUCCAUUUGGCGUUUGCGGCUGUGGGCACGAGGAUUUUGCAGAGGACGACGAGGCUUUUGGAUGGGGCGAAGGAGGUGAAGAUGAGCAAGGAUAUGUUUGUUCGUUCGAUUUUGCCGAUUGGGGUGCUCUUUUCUGGGAGCUUGAUUUUGAGCAAUACGGCGUACCUUUAUUUGAGCGUGUCGUAUAUUCAGAUGCUCAAGGCGUUUACACCCGUCGCUAUCCUCUUGAUUUCGUGGACUUUCCGCAUCGCAGAGCCGAAUAGGAAGCUCGCCGUUAUUGUGUUUAUGAUCUCUGCAGGCGUCGCGCUCACAUCGCACGGUGAACUGAGGUUCAACCUUAUCGGUUUUAUAACACAAGCUGCUGCAGUCGCCUUUGAAUCCUCUCGCCUGGUGAUGAUUCAAAUUUUGUUGCACAACCUCAAGAUGGAUCCUCUGGUCUCGUUACACUACUACGCCCCAGUGUGCGCCACCAUCACACUGUUCUUCCUGCCAUUUACAGAAGGCUUGGCACCGUUCUACGCGCUCAAGGAUCUUGGCGCGCUUGUGCUUAUCAGUAAUGCCUCUGUGGCGUUCCUGCUCAACGUCGCCGCUGUUUUCCUCGUGGGUGUGGGCAGCGGACUUGUAUUGACGCUUGCAGGGGUGUUCAAGGACAUUCUUCUCAUCACUGGAAGCGUUGUGAUUUUCGGAUCGCAAGUAACGCCAUUACAGGUGUUUGGAUACUCGAUUGCGCUUGGUGGACUUGUGCUGUUCAAGACGUCUGGAGGAAAGUAG